GGACCAGCCCUAUCAAUCGCUAUCAUAUAUCGGUCUUUGUCGCCCGUGGUCCCGAGCAGCCAGUCACCUCGACGUCUUUCUCUUCAUUUCAGUCACCGUCCUCCACAAGUAGCACCACCAGUACUCCCUCCCCCCCUUCCCCAAAUCACUACUACUACUACUACUACUACAACCCGAGGGUCUUUCAGGAACCUCCCACCCGGCCAGCCAGCUGACCCUACUGAUCGCAUCCCGCCCUUCGUACCCAAUUUCCUCCACGCGCCGCCCCGGCUACCAUUGCUUCCCUUCACCUUCGAACGAGAGACGGUUGCGACUGCAGACCAACCUUGCGACCUUUCAGUCUCGAAGGGAAAUGCCCUAUCCGCUCGAAUCUGACAGGGACAUGUAACUCGCCUCACCUUUUACGGCUUAUUUAUUUUUCGAGAGUCGCCAAUUUUUUCGAAGGAGGUAUCGGCACGCAGCCGUUGGCACGGAAUAGAUGUGCCAGCCCAACGCUGAACGUGCACGCCUUCGUUCACCACCAGUCGGGUGUUUUGCGCGAACAUGGCAGAGCGAGUGACCGCCUUUGUCCGGGUUUCUGGCCCUCCGAAUAGUAGUUUCCUCGUUGGAUACCCGGGCAUCUCGGCGACGCUGCCGCGCAUCGAGGGAAAAGUCGAGAUCAGACCGUCGCAAGGGUAUUCCGCUCCCGUCGCGAUCUCCCUAGUCCGAAUAUGUCUACAAAGAAGAGAGACAAUCCACCCAGCCGCCGAAAGCAUGGCCAAGCGCCAUCUCGGGACACCGCGACGCGAGACGACCGAUGUUGUUGGCAAGGAGCUCUUACUAUACCGGUGUGCGACGGGCAGGGAGGCCGAGAGCGUCAUGGCGAUGGAUCUGCCGUUCGUGUUGUUCAUCCCUUUUGGAAGAGGCGGCGAAGAAACCAACAGGAGAAUACCACCGGCAUCGCUACAACUCUCGGCCAGGACCGCGGAGACAUUCUACGAGUUGGUGGUAACCGUGCAGCAAGGGCAGAGUGUGCAGAAAUACGCGUUCCCCGUGCCAUUGCAGCGCUACGACACCCUAUCGACCUUUGGGAUGUACAACCGGCCCGAACACAAGGUUGCGAUGGCGGACAAUAUAGUAACGCUUGGGAUUUCGUUACCGCGAUGGAGCUACGGACCCAUGGAUCCGAUCACCGUAUAUAUCAAGCUGUCUCCAAAUCCCGAUUGGAUGGCCAAGGCGAGAAAGGUGACGAUACAGAAGCUCAUACUCUCUAUCGAGGAGGAGAUCACCUACAAUCCCGAAGGGGACGAGCCGACGAAGAAGAUUACUCGACUUCAAAAGCACACCCAGAACGUCGGCGCCAAAUUGCCCGAGGUCGGAUACGUAACCAACAUGAUGAUUCUUGUUCCCCACAAAGACCUGAGAGACGCGAACGGCAUUAUCCGACGAGGCCAACCGGCGUUUCCGAAUUACGAGAUCGCAUCGUUUACGACGACAUCUACGCUGUAUAAGAUUGAAUUUUUUCUUUGCAUCAAGGCGCAGCUGACGUCGGCACGCGAUAUCACACUCCGACAGCCCAUCGUCAUAUGUUCCAUGGAUCACCAAGCUUGUAAGGAAGAAAUGGAUGCCAUCGAGCAAGCCGCGAGAGACGCUUCUUCUGUCGACCCGAACAACCCACCGCUACCACCAAGAACCAUUAUACUGGCCAACGACCCCGGAGCGCUAGGGACGACGGGAAUUCGCGUGAUAGGAGGACAAAAGAAACCGUUAAUCGAAUGAGACCCCACGGGCCCGGAAACGGCGGGACAUCGUGUUGGCUUCCUUGUAAGCACACUCCUAUGCCUCUAGCACCCGAUCUCGACCGAAUUCACCGGCAUGCUACGCGCAAACGUUCGCGCCUCCAAUUUCGGCGACCGAAAAUACUUGUCCCAAUCCUCGGGCAGAUUAGAAGAAGUGAAUUAUACGUCGAGGCGGUAGCCCGACCGGAUCGCGACGCAAUCCUACUAUGCUGCCUCAGCUAGGGCGACAAAACAGGC